UAGUUUUGCAGCUUAUCUGACAAUGAAAUUAUUUUUACUAAAAGUAAUCAAAUGAAACUGAGUUAGUAAGGAAAAAGUUAUUGAAUGAAAUGUUAUUAAAGAACUUUCACAAUGAUAAUGGCCAUGAUAUUUAUUUUUAGAGUUGUUAAGUAGAAGAAUUUACUAUAAGAACUAUUUACUAUAACUUGAAAUCAACUUGUUUUAAAGAAAAGUUUAAUUUUGCAUGAUUGGUAUAUGAAUUGAGAUGACAUUGCAGAUGAACAAUAUGAAUUGAGCAGAUGACAUUGAUUUUAUUGUUAUCUGCUAGCAACAGUAGAUGAACAAUAUGAAUUAAGCAGAUGACAUUGAUUUUAUUGUUAUCUGCUAGCUUUCUUUUGUCAAUUGUGCAUCUUCCUAUAUAGUGUCUUUUUCCAUCGUACAACAGAUAAAACCCUGGUUCAAUGAGUAACAAAAGAUUUAACAACCUGUUAUAACUGCUUCGAACCUAAUAAAAAAAAAGGGUUGAAAAAUUGGUACUAAAGAUGAACAAAAAAAGAAAAGUUGUCAGUCAGCAAAUCUCAAAGUUUUUCAAACCAGAAAAUGAUUUUAAAAAGAAAAAAAUUGCUGUUAUCGGUGUGAAUGAUUCAAACACAUCAAAAAUUAAUUCAGCACUCAAGGAAACUGUUUCGAAAUGUACUGAAAAAUUGCAGUCUUUUUGUGCUGAUACUGGGAAUAAAAAUUUGACUAAUGAUAUUGUGGAAGAUUUCAGUUUUAAAAUUGAUCAGAUCUCAACUAAUUUUGAGCAACACUCUGAUACUUUUAAGAAACCUCCUUUGGUUCAACAUUUAAGUUACACUCCUCUGGAACUGCAGUUCAUGGAAAUAAAAUCAAAACAUGAAGAUUUACUUCUUUUUGUAGAGUGUGGAUAUAAAUACAGAUUUUUUGGAAAGGAUGCAGAAAUUGCUGCAGAAGAACUAAAUAUAUGCAAGAGUAUGGAUCAUAAUUUUAUGACAGCAAGUAUUCCUGUUCAUCGUCUUCACAUUCACAUGAGUAGAUUGUUAGAAAAUGGACACAAGGUUGGUGUUGUUGCACAAACAGAAACCUCAGCCCUAAAGGCUGCUGGUAACAAUAAAAGUGCAGUUUUUUCAAGGAAACUAAUGUAUAUUUAUACUAAAGCAACAUAUUUGAAUCUUGAAGAAGGAAAUGUUGUGACAAAGAAGAAUACUGGAGAUUUCAUUUGUAGCAUAAGUGAAUGUGAAGGAUGUUUCAAUGUGCUACUGGUGAACCCAUCAACAUCUGAUAUUGUUUAUGAUAUGAAUUUAGACAUAAAUGGCUUGAAUCUCAUUUUUCAUGUUUUCAAACCGUGUGAAAUUGUUACUGGAAUAUCUGAUCUAAAUAUGGAAGCAGGAAACCUAAUAAAGAAUUACAAAGCACAAAAAACUGUUUUAAGGAUUGAGAAGUUUUGUUGUGAAAUGUCUGACUCGUUUAAUCAGUUUUUUGAACGAAUAAAAAUUGACAUUUCUUUGAAACAAUGUGCAUGUUUGAUGUAUUCUUAUUUAGCUCAGUUUCAUUUGGAAAACCUAUUAAAUUAUUCAUCUGGAUACAGAUCUUUUCACUCAAAUACAUCUUUUAUGAAGCUUGAUUACACAUGUAUUCAAAAUUUAGAAUUAUUUAGCAAUAACUGGAAUAACCAAGUUAGUGGUUCUUUAUUUUCCAUUCUUAAUCAUACGUACUCUGCAUUUGGGAAAAGAUUAUUAAUCAAUUGGUUAAGAGAGCCUUUAAGAGAUGUCUAUGAAAUUAACAAGCGCUUAGAUGCCGUUGAUGAACUUAAACUAUGUUUGCAAUUAAAGUCUAUUGUUGGUAUUUGUAAAGUCCUUCAAAAAAGCGUUGAUCUUGAAAACGGUUUAUCAUUAAUUUAUAAUCUAAGGUGUGCGCCCAUACAAUUCCUAAACAUUUGUGAAAGUUUUGAAAAUAUUCGAUCGUUUUUUAUAUCUCAUAGAGAAGAGUUUAUGUCAAACUUUAACUCAAGCAUUAUUUUGGAUAUAUGUAGCAAAGUACCUGAUCUUCUUGGUAACAACAUUUUAGAUUUUAUGAAAAAACUUAACAAGAAUGAAAUAAGAAAUGGUGCUAAAGCAUGUAUGUUUGCUGAUACUAUAAAUUUUCCUCAUUUACACAAAUGUUUGCAAGAAAUAAAAGUUAUUGAGGGUUUACUUGCUAAACAUUUAUUAUUAGACGUCACUCCUGUUUUGGGUCGAAAGCUUGAAUUUAAAACAGUAUCUGGUAUUGAAUAUUUAAUUGAAGUUCGAAAUGUUGAUGUUAAGAUUUUACCUGAAAACUGGAUUAAGGUAUCUGCUACAAAACAUUUCACAAGGGUUCGAACACCUUUUAUUGAAAGCCAUUUUCACAAACUUCUUCGUCUUCGUGAGACUUUGUUACUUGCUGCAGAUGAAGCAUGGCAAAACUUACUUAUACAGUUUAAAGGUAUUUAUAACAACUGUCGAAAUGUUGUUGUUUUAUUAUCUACUUUAGAUUGUCUAAUUUCAUUGGCAACUGUAGCUAAUGGUGUCAGUUAUGUGAGACCAAAGUUUAACGAGAAUGUAAUAAUGAUAAAAGACGGGCGACAUCCUGUUAUUGAAACGUUGAUAAACAAUCAGUAUGUAUCAAAUGAUACAUGUUUAAAUGAAACUGAAAAGGUUAUGCUCAUAUUUGGACCAAACAUGGGCGGAAAAAGUUCUUAUGUUAAACAAGUUGCCAUAUGUUGUAUUAUGGCUCAAAUGGGUUGUUAUGUUCCAGCUUCGUCUGCUUGCUUACCUAUCUUGGAUAGUAUAUAUUGUAGAAUGGGUGCUAGUGAUAAAAUAGCAGGGGGGAAAAGUACAUUUAUGGUUGAACUUGAAGAAGCAAGUUACAUCAUGAAAAACGCUACUUGUAACUCACUUGUUAUUUUAGAUGAGUUAGGAAGAGGAACAAGCACACAUGAUGGAACAGCUAUAGCAUAUGCAACACUUGAGCACUUCAUUGAAAAAAUUCAAUGUUUUUUGUUAUUUAUUACACACUAUCCUACGCUUUGUGAACUUAAAUGUAAAUACACUAAAUCUUUAAGUCUAUACCAUAUGACAUUUAUGAGCAAUGAUGUUGAUGUAAAUGCCAUCGUGCUUCUUUAUAAAUUAACAAAAGGCAAAGAAAACAGAAGUUACGGAAUAAAUGUGGCCAGAAUGGCUGGAAUAGAUGAAACAAUUUUAAAUAAAGCUGCUUAUAUGUCAAAGGAGCUAGAAACAAGCACAUUUAUGAAAAGGUUACUAAAACGUGUGUUUAACCAACAGGUGCGUUCAGAUCGUUUACAUACUUUACGGUCUAUAAAAUUGCUUUGAUGCUUUUUGUAAAUUUCCGUUGCAUCGUAUGCGUCCUUUUAAGAUAUAUUAAUUUUCGCAAAAUGGAUCUAUCGACUUGUUUCAUAGACAAGGUAUUUUUUAAAGUCGUUCCUCAAGAUGUACCUUGAAAAUAUCUUUUAGAAAAGAAGUUACAGUAUUGUCAUAGCAAUUUACAAAAUUGUUGAUGCUGACAUUUGUGAUGCUGUUGUUUCUGUGGAAAUUUUUCUCUGACGCAUGAGAUGUUUUUCAUUAAACGGUGAACGAACACUCAAUCUACUCAUGUGUUCAUUUAUAUCUUCACUGUGUUGGCUCUUGAUCGGUCCUCUAAAUUCGCUAAUGCUUCUGGGAUACUCUAUUCUAAUAUGCGUUGAAUGAAAGGGCUCACUUAAUACUGCAAUCAGAGGCUCGUUCUAAACAAUAUUAAUUAAAAUACUUGCGAAUAUUUUUUAUUAAAAAACAAAACUUACACAAUUUUAUAAGUUUUAAUAUUUUUAUCUAAAUAAAUAAGCUGUCUUAAAAUUAUUUUCUAUUUUAAAAAAAAAAAUACUUUUAUUAAUUUUAUUUUAUUAAUACAAACUAUCGGUUUAAUCGUUUAUCAACUAUCGAUUUAUAUAAAUUGAUCAUAUCAGAUUUUUUUUUUUUAAUUAUAUUUUAAUUAUAAUUUACUUAUAUAAAUAUCAGAGACUCCCAAACGUUUUUGUGUAAGUAAAUGUGUCAUAGACCCCUUGCCAUGUUUUUCGAUUUUUGGGUAGACCCCCUACUUAGCUGAUAUUGAUUUUUUGUAAAUUUCUAACUGUAGUGAAGUUUAGUGUUAAAAACUUAAAGUAAAAAUACGUUAAGUUUUAUAUAUUUAUUAGAUGAAUUUAAAUUAAAACUACUCAAAUUAAAA